UUUUCCUAACAAAAUGUCUGUUCGUCAAGAAAGUUAUACAGAGAAUGAAGACAUACUUUUGUGUAAAGUUUAUAUGGAAAUUUCACAAGAUCCUAGCAUAGGCACAUCACAAUCAGCACAAGGAUUCUGGCAGCACGUGGAAGAUGGAUUCAAUCAAGCUGAAGAAAGAGAUCUUACUUGGCCAGAGCGUACGCAAAGAUAUAUGCAGGCUUGUAUUCAAGCCAUCGAGAAAGCAACAAAAAAAUUCCAUGGAUGUAUCCGAGCUGCUGAAGCAAGAAAUCGAAGCGGUGCUUCAAAUGCAGACAUAAUGAAUGAAGCCAUGCAAAUGCUGAAGACAGAUUCAAAAUACAAAUCGGGUUGGAAAUUUUCUCAUGUUUGGGAGAUGAUUAAAAAUUUUGAAAAAUUUAAAGAUUGUGCAGGGAGGAGCUCUAGACAACAAGCAUCACGUGGGAUGCAAAGUUCUGAUUCAGAAAGUCAGACUCAUACUUUGCAUGGCUCACAAACUUUGUCUUCAUUUCCUAUGAGUUGUGAUGAUGGCGAGGAACAAAACCUUGGCGGCAUGAAACAAGCAAACGAUAAUAUGUCUAUGUUUUUUAAACAACGAAAGAAUAGCCAUGAUCUCAAAACUGUGAAGGAAGAAAAUAAAAUCAUGGCUAUGGACUUGAGCUCCAUAGUUGAUCCUGUUAGUCGUGCUUAUUUUCAAGCCGAGAGAAGAAGCAUUUUACAAAAAAGAGCUCAGCAACAAGAACAACCAAAUGACUAUGCAAUUGGAACAUAUCCUUCGUACUUCGAUAAUAUAGGAGGUUCUGGUUCUGGUUUACCGGAUUAUUAG